AUGGCACCUACGAAAACGAAGAAAGCACCCACUCGGCAGGCCAUCACACUCAAAGGAUCCACGAAUCUCGUCACAGAGUUUUUCAAAUAUGCAGUGAACACGAUACUGUUUCAACGAGGAGUAUAUCCGUCUGACGACUUCCACAUGGUAAAAAAGUAUGGACAGACGGUGUUGGUCACGCAAGAUCUUGCAUUGGAGAACUAUCUCGACAAGAUCCUGAAACAAGUAAACACCUGGCUACUCACGGGUGCAGUGACACAACUUGUGGUGGCCAUAAUUUCCAAGGAUACACGGACGCCACUCGAGCGCUGGGUUUUUGAUAUCAAUCUCGUGCAGCAAUCAUCCGACAAAAGCCCUGAGGCGGCACCCCCGCCCGCCAAGCCGGAGGCAGAUAUUCAAGCAGAGAUCCGGUCCAUCCUUAAACAGAUUGUUUCGACCGUCACAUUCCUUCCCAUAAUCGACGAGCCGACAGUGUUCAACAUCCUCGCGUAUACUUCUGAGUCGGCCGACGUGCCCGCGGACGAAUGGGUUGACACGGACCCUCUGGCGAUCGAAGCUAGUAAAAGCCAGCAGGUGAAGUUGCGGAGCUUCAGCACAGAUGUGCAUCGGAUCGAGGCUAUGGUGGCAUAUCGGUACGAGGAAUGA